GUUCUUCACAAACCACCAGUCAUGAGAGCUGUUGUGCUGGCACUGACUGUAGCCCUUGUGGCGAGUCAACAGGUGAACUUCGUACCUGAAUUCGGUGCUGGAAAGACCUAUGUGUACAGGUAUGAUGCUCUUGUCUUGGGUGGUUUGCCUGAAGAGGGCCUGGCCAGAGCUGGAGUGAAAAUCAACAGCAAGGUCCUCAUCAGUGCUGUGGCUGAGAAUAUCUACCUGCUGAAGCUUAUGGAUCCUCAGAUCUAUGAAUACAGUGGAGUCUGGCCCAGGGAUCCUUUUGCACCUGCUGCAAAGCUCACCACAGCACUGGCCAAUCAGCUACACAUGCCCAUCAAGUUUGAGUAUGCUAAUGGUGUGGUAGGCAGAGUGUUUGCCCCAGCUGGAGUCUCUGCCACAGUCCUCAAUUUACACAGAGGUAUCCUAAACAUCCUUCAACUCAACCUCAAGAGGACCCAGAACGUCUACGAACUGCAGGAGGCUGGAGCUCAGGGAAUAUGUAAGACCCACUAUGUGAUCAGUGAGGAUGCAAAGGCACAGCACAUUGUUGUUACCAAGUCCAAAGAUUUGACCAACUGCCAGGACAGAAUCAUGAAGGACAUUGGCUUGGCAUACCUGGAGAAGUGUGAUGAGUGCCAGCAAGAAGUCCAAAGCCUGACAGGAACUGCAACCUACAACUAUGUGAUGAAGCCCACUGCAACUGGUGCUCUGAUCACUGAAGCUAGUGUUGAAGAACUUCAUCAAUUUGCACCUUUCAAUGCGGUUAAUGGAGCUGCCCAGAUGCAGGCCAAACAAACCUUAGCCUUUGUUGAGAUUGAGAAGAACCCUGUUUUGCCCAUCAUGACUGAUUAUCUGGCUCGUGGAUUCCUCCAGUAUGAAUUUGCGACCGAGAUUCUGCAGACUCCAGUUCAGCUUCUUAGGAUUAAUAACGCACAAGCUCAGAUUGUGGAGACUCUGCAGCAUCUUGCUGCUCAUAAUGUGGAUCGAGUCCAUGAAGAUGCUCCUCUGAAGUUUAUUCAGCUUAUCCAGCUCUUGCGUGUUUCCACCUAUGAAAACCUUGAGGCUAUUUGGGAUCAGUACAAGAAUAAACCGAUGUACAGACGCUGGGUUAUGGAUGCCAUCCCUGCUGUUGGAAACUCAGCCGCUUUGAGGCUCAUCAAGGAAAAAUUCCUGGCUGGUGAGCUCACCACUGCAGAGUUUGCUCAGGCCCUCCUUGCAUCUGUGCACAUGGUCGUCGCUGAUCUGGAUGCUGUUAAUCUCUAUUCUAGUCUUGCCUUGAACCAUAAAAUUAAGGAGCACCCAGUUCUGCGUGAGGCUGCCAUGCUAGGAUAUGGUACCAUGAUUGCCAAGUAUUGUGCUGCAGCUCCAAACUGUCCUGCUGAGCUUCUGAGGCCCAUCCAUGAGAUUGCUGCAGAGGCAAUUGCGAAGGCUGACAUUCCUCAAAUCACCCUUGCUAUCAAAACUCUGGGUAAUGCAGGUCAUCCUGCAAGUCUUAAGCCAAUUCUUAAGCUUCUACCUGGAUUUGGAUCUGCAGCUGCCACACUGCCUAUUGGUGUCCAAAUAGAUGCAGUCUUAGCACUGAGGAACAUUGCAAAAAAGGAACCCAGACUGAUCCAACCAGUGGCACUGCAAUUGUUCAUGGACAGGGGCCUCAACCCAGAACUGCGUAUGGUGUCUUAUAUUGGGCUAUUUGAAACCAAACCCUCAGUGGCUCUUGUUGCCACUGUUGUUGGGGCCUUGAGGAAGGAGACCAAUAUGCAGCUGGUGAGCUUUGCCCACUCUUACAUGAAGUCCAUGACCAGGAGCAUUGCCCCAGACAUGGCAUCUGUAGCUUCUGCCUGUAAUGUGGCCAUAAGGAUCCUGAGCCCCAAACUGAACAGACUGAACAUGCGUUACAGCAAAGGCAUCCGUGUGGACACCUAUCAGUCUCCCUUCAUGGCUGGUGCAGCUGGAAGUGCUUUCCUCAUCAAUGAUGCUGCCACCAUCUUGCCCCGAGCUGUUGUGGCCAAAGCUCGUGCAUACCUUGCUGGAGCCGCUGCAGAUGUUCUUGAGGUUGGUGUAAGAACAGAUGGUCUUCAGGAAGCUCUUCUCAAAUCUCCUCUUGCUGAUGUCAACGUUGACAGAAUCACAAGGAUGAAGCGUACCUUGAGGGCUCUGAAAGACUGGAAGGCGCUGCCUACAAACCAGCCCUUGGCAUCCUUUUAUAUCAAGCUCCUCGGACAAGAAGUUGCUUUUGCUAACAUUGACAAGGCCAUAGUUGAACAGGCUGUACAGCUUGCUAAAGGAGCCCGUGCACAAGAAAUGAUCAGGAAUGCCCUGGCAGAACUGCAGUCUGGAGUUGCCCUCCAGUAUGCUAAGCCUAUCCUGGCAGGUGAAGUGCGUCGCAUCUUCCCAACUGCAACUGGUCUGCCCAUGGAGCUGAGCACAUACACUGCUGCAGUCGCCGGUGCCACCAUCAAUGUUCAGGCAGUUAUAAACCCACCUCUUCCUGAAACUAUCCGCCUUGCUGAGCUGCUGAACACAGAUAUUCAACUGCAGGCUGAAGUCAGACCAAGUGCUGCCGUGCAGACAUUUGCUGUAAUGGGAGUGAACACUGCCUUCAUUCAGGCUGCUCUUAUAGCCAGAGGAAAAGUCCAGGCCAUUGUGCCUGCGAAAGUGGCUGCUAGAGCUAACAUUCUCAAAGGCAACUUCAAGGUUGAAGCCCUGCCUGUUUCAACUCCUGAUCAUGUUGUGGCUGUCCGCUAUGAGACUCUUGCCGUCGCCAGGAACAUUGAAGACGUUGGUUCUGAGAGAAUCACACCUAUAAUACCUGCAGUGGUUGAACAACAAGCACAACAAUGGUCAAAUGAGAUGUUCAUUUCCCAAAUGUCAGGCUCUUAUGGUGGUUUGUCAUCUGAAAUCGUUUCUCCUGAUUGGCCAUCCCAAAAUGAUCCCAACAUGAGAGCUGCAGCUCCGAUUCGCAAGAACAUCUGUGGUGUUAUUCCAUAUGUGGGAAUCCAAGCAUGCCUAGAUGCCGCUACAAGCAACACAGCCAUCAACUGGAAAGUUCCUUACCUCAACCUGUUAGGACAACAUGCAGCCUCUCUCUCAGUGCUACCAGCUGAGGGUCCAGCAGUGGAGAGAUUGGAGAUGGAGGUGCAAAUUGGCCCAAAGGCAGCUGAGAAGCUCUUAAAACAAAUCAACAUUGCUGAAGAAGGCAUUCCAGGGGCAAAAUCCAUCUUGAUGAAACUUAGGGAGAUUGUGGAGGCUGGCAUGAGGAACAACACCUACAGCUCAAGCAGCUCCUCCAGUUCCGAAGAUCAAGCUAUUAGCAUAAGCAGCUCACAGAGCUCCUCCAGCUCCUCUAGCUCUCAGAUGGCCGAGGAUAAGGUCUACAAAUAUCCUUUCAAGAAAUUCCAUAAGAAUCAGUACUUACAGUCUGUGGGGAUCUCCAGGGCUAGGAGCAGUGGAAGUAGAGCAGCAAGCAUUGAGGCUAUUCAGAGACAGAAUCAGUACCUUGGAGAUACCAUUCCUCCUUCCUUUGCCAUUAUCUUCCGCAUUGUGAGAACUGACCGCACAGUGUUUGGAUACCAGGUUGCAGGCUACAUGGACAAGGCUACUAAAAGAGUACAGGUCAUCCUGUCCUCUCUUGCUGCAAAUGACAACUGGAAGAUGAGCGUCGACGGUGUCCUUCUGAGCAUGCACAAAGUCGCUGCCAAUGUUGCCUGGGGUGCUGAUGGUAAAGAAUACGGUGUAGCUAUCAAGGCUGAGACUGGAAUCAUUGGCCCAAGCCCUGCUGUUCGUGUGGAGCUGGAGUGGCUGAAACUUCCCACACUUGUCACCAUCUAUGGAAAGAGGCUGACUGAAUAUAUCCCUCGUGGAGCUGAAAUGGCUGGAUUUAUUGUGGCUAAAGCCGCCAACGGCGAGAGACAGAUUGAACUGACUGUGGCUUUACCCACUAAGAAGACAAUUGAUAUUAUUAUAAGGAUACCACAGAUGACAAUAUCUAGACUGGGUGUGCCUCUCCCUUUUGCCCUGCCCUUUGAAAGAGAUGGCACUCUCCCUGAGGAUAUUGUUGACUCAGUCCAAAACAUGCUCUAUGAAGCUACCUCAGCCAAGUGCGCCAUGAUCAAAAACAAAUUGACAACAUUCAAUAACAGAAGAUACAAGAGCGAAAUGCCCAUCUCCUGCUACAAUGUUCUGGCUCAGGAUUGCACUCCAGAACUUAAAUUCAUGGUUCUGAUGAAGAAGGAUGACAAUUCUGAUCAAAAUCACCUCAAUGUGAAGAUUGCUGAUAUUGAUGUUGACCUGUACCCCAUGGGCAGUGAAGUGUUGGUGAAAAUUAAUGGGAUGGAAGUUCCUGCUUCCAAUCUCCCAUACCAACACCCCUCAGGAACAAUCCAAACCAAAAAGAAUGCUGGUGGUUUGUCACUCUACGCUCCUAGACACGGCCUUCAGGAAGUGUACUUCUCCAAAGACGGAUGGAGGAUUCAAGUUGUGGACUGGAUGAAAGGACAGACUUGUGGACUCUGUGGAAAAGCUGAUGGUGAAAUCAGACAGGAGUUCCGCACACCAAGCGGUUACCUGACCAAGAGCCCAGUUAGCUUUGCACACUCCUGGGUGCUUCCUGCCGAAAGCUGUCGUGAUGCAACCCAGUGUCGCAUGAGGCUUGAAUCUGUGAAGCUGGAGAAGCAGAUGAUCGUGGAUGGCCAGGAAUCUAAAUGCUACUCUGUGGAGCCUGUGCUGCGCUGCCUGCCUGGAUGUUACCCAGAGAGGACCAGUCUUGUCAAUGUUGGAUACCACUGUGUCCCCAUUGACUCCAAUUUGAACCUUCCUGACAUUCUGAGCAACACCGAUGAAAAGAGAGUGGAUUUGAGAGAGACUGCGGAGGCCCACGUGGCUUGUCGCUGCACUGAGCAGUGUGCCUAG